GACUCGUACCUGAAAGUGAAAGUACGAAGUGUUGAAGGGGGAAUUCAACGAUCUGAACUCCAGCACAGCAAAGACUCACAGCAGAGAGACUUUACAACCAUGACGGACCUCUCCACGAUAUACAGACUGUCCCUGCUCGCAGCCUUCUGCUUCGUCAAAGCCUACAGCAGCAGCUGUCCAGUGUUGGAGUGCUGGUUUGUGCAGGAGAAGGCGGGUCGAGGUGGAGGCUUAACUGCAGCUACAACCCAGGAGAAAUCUCUGCUUUACAUCAGAAAAGAGCCACACAGCCACAGUGCAGACACCCAGACAGCUCCAUCUGACAUCAGCCCUGACAGAGUCUACUUUAUCACCGACCCGGCUGGCACUCUCUGUCACCGCUCUCUGAACCCUCCUAAAGGCUCCGUCGAGAAGCCCCACUGUGAGAUCAACCCCUUCCUGCCGCAGCCCUCCAGCCUCAAAUGGGUUGCUGCGCUCACAGACUCUGCUUUAAGCCCCAUAUAUCUGCAAGCUGAUUGGUUUUCAACUGCCCAUCAGGGCCUCAACCAACAGCUGACCGUUUCCACUAUAAUGCGUGCUCCCACAGGAACCAAAGAGCAAAAUGUGAUCCUCAGUGUGACCAGUAAAACGGCCUCAGUGCAGUCCAGGCUCGGGGAACCAGUGCUGCUCGACUGUGGCUUCUGGACCGACCCCUCCUCACCUCUAUCUGGGUCGGGAUUUGCCGUAGAGUGGCGCUACCAGUUCAGAGGCGAUGGGCGAUUGGUUCUGGCUUACGAUGGCAAGACGGACCGCUUGGCUGAUACAGAAGAGGAAGGGGCCACCCUGGACCUUGAUAGUUUGCACAAGAAGGGAAACGCGUCCCUGAUCCUGCAGGAAGCCAAAGUGCGUCACUCUGGGAUGUAUAUUUGUACAGUGUAUCUGCCGUAUCUCGUGGCUCAGGUGGCGAUGGAGCUUGAGAUUGUAGAACCUCCAUCCCUCCUCAUCCACCCGUCCCCUCUUCCCCUCGCUGUUCCUGGCCAGACUUUGACCGUCCAGUGUGAAGCUUCCGGCUUUGCCCCCCUCACCCUGGAGCUGAGCUGGGAGUUUAAAGGCGCUGAUGGGAAGUCCAUGCCUCUAGGAUCAGGCAGCGUAACUGGCCACAGGCAGGCCUGGGAUGGAACCUAUAGCCAGAGUACCCGGCUGGAGCUAGACACAUCUACCCUGGACCUGGGCAGCGGAGGGGAGCUCACCUGUGUGGCUGUCCAUCUUGGAGGCACACGACGGGCCAGCGCGAACCUCAAUGUCAUUGGGUUCAGUACUCCUUCCAUUGAAGACUCAAUGGCAAUGGUUGGCGUAGCGCUUGUGCUCUAUGGUCUGAUCAAGUUCGUCUCUUGGUCCUUCACCGGCUCAGGCUCCGAUGAGGCUGCUAAACAAGACAAGAAAGACAAGUAAAGAAGAGCAAAGUCCACGGCUGAGGAAGUGUGAUACUGAACCGACACAUCUCUCUGUUUUCAGCUCUUGGAUAGGUGUCAGGAUUAACUUUCAUAUUCAUUCAGACAGCUAUGUCUGUUUUUUUUUUUGUUUUUUUUUUAAAGCUAACAGAGUGGUACAUCUUUUGGCUUUAGACUCAUUGUUUUGCAUUACAUUGAUAAUUUUCUGAAAAGGUCUUCUGCUCAGUCUGUGUUGUUAUAUUUCUUAAAUUUUCCACUUCUAAGCCAUAUACUUGGUACAUUAUGUUGGCCUCCCACUGUUCAAAUUCUGUGUCUUGUCACGAACACUGGAAAAGAUUCAGAAACUUGGAGCAAUGUUAGAAUGAUAAUAUCUUAAAUCAGCUUUAAUUUGGAGACAAGAAUGCUCCCUUAUGUUUAGAAGCCAAGACGAUUAUUAUCUCUGAGGGUCCAGGGACACUCCAAACCCACAAAGUGAAUCCUACUUUUGUAAAUACAGAACAUCAUAUUGUUAUUUUGUAUGUGUGCGUGUGUGUGUUGGUCAGAAUGAUACCCUAACACCCUGAGCUAAUGCACAAUGAAACAUACUUUGAAGGAAAGAUUCAAACACAUGAAUCUACUGAAGAAAAAAAACAUUUGUAUAAGAAUUAAAAAUGAUAAGUGACGUCUGCACUCUCCUGUUUAUAAAUGUUGGUGUCCUCUCAAACGUGCUGGUGUGCCACAUUGUUUAAACAUAAUCUAAAAAUGACGACGUGUGUGUAUAUAUCAGCUUUCUAAUGGUGUAAAUGCUGUGGUGGUUUCUGUUCUAUCUAUCUAUAUAAUUGGAAGUGACUUCGGUUGUAAUUUUCAGAAUAAAACUACACCAUGAACAUACA